UCACUGGACUCCUGCACAUGGAAGAUCAGGUUCCUCCAGCCUUGGUCCAAAAGUAGCCUUCCGACCUUCUUCUGGAACUUUAUGGAGGGUACCUUCAAAACCUACUUUGCGUGUUUCCAACAAACAGUCGGCAGUAUCUCUCGUGAUUUAAACACAAGCUAUCCUCUGGUUGUCCAGUCCUUGCUUUUCUGUGAAACUGGUGCCAGUGGGUUGACGAGGGCUUUCUACGACGUUGCCAUAAAUGGAGAAGCUAUGGUUACCUACAAAGCCGAUAACUCCACAUGGGUGGCCCUAAAGAAAGAUAAGGUAGCUGUUUAUAUUCAAGACUAUCUCAACAAAGACACAGCUGCUACGCUUCAUAGCCUGCUGAUGUUGUCGUGUGUUCAAGCACUUCAAAGCUUUCUUCAAGUGGGCAAAGCAACAGUGGACAGACAAGUGCUGCCGGACGGUGUGGUUUUUGCUCAAAAGUCCUCCAUCCCUGAUUCAUUGUUGCUGGUCUGCCGAGUCACUAACUUCCACCCACGGCAUAUUACUGUAUCCUGGCUGAAGGAUGGGAAAGAGCUUUCGGCCAACUCCACCGGCAUCUUACCUAACUAUGAUAUCACACACCAGAUCCGCGUUCUCUGGUUAUUAAUUCAAAGGACACUCAUAAUUAUGCUUGUAAAAUACAACACGGCACCCGGGGAAACAAAACUCUUACAAUCCCCUGGGGCAAAAGUUCAAACAAAACUAUAGUAGCCGCUGUAGUGGGAGCCCUUGUCUGUGUGGCAGUAAUUAUCCUAGCUGUGUUAUUUUUUCAAUGGAGGAAACGUCGAGAAUAUCAGGGCAUAGUCGAGAGCGCGCCAUUUUAAUGUCAAGCUGGAAGUCAAAUCCAUGCAGGGACAGAUUAAAGGCUGGAAGCGAAUGCCAUCUGAAGA